AAUGAAGUCGUCGUCUGUUUCUGCUACUGUUACGCAGGACCACCUUUACUCUUUCUUGUACGCGUAGCCUCUACUAGAUCAUUCCCACGACGACAACCCAUUUUGAUUUCCGAAUUAAGGUUUUUAAUACUUUUUCUGCCCCCAUUAUAAGUAGAAUACUUAUCUUCUUCGAGAAAGAAAAGCUAAGGAAGUAGAGCCGAUUUCAUUUUUUGUACUUUGAAAAGUUGUGUCUUAAUGUCGAUGGACCACCAGUAUUUGAAGGACGUCGGGCUGAAAGUUUGCGAAAAGCCGACCUACUUAUUGACCACCCCGGAAGUGAAGGAAUUCGGUAAAACUCCUUCCAAACCCGGCGCGACAACCAACAGUAAUAAAACCGGUGGUAGUCUUGCUCCGAAGGCUGAAACGAUGGCGAAGCUGGAAAGCCCGGGUAAGUGGCCGGUGGCCGAAGUGAGGAAAGCGUUCGUCGACUUCUUCGUCAAAAAGAAGGGCCAUGACUUCGUCCCGAGUUCUGCGGUGGUAUAAUUUGUUUUUGGGCUGUGUGAUCCUCGUGUUGAAAAUUUUCGAAUUAGAAUUAUGCUCUGAAAUAAAAAGUUCUUCGUCAGCAUUUGGCCAACAUCUUCGCGAAUAAACUUACGACCUGGACAGAUGAAAACAGCUACAACACCAGAGUUUCUCCUGAAAAUUCCCAACAAGGUACCCCACCAAGAUCCAACGUUGCUGUUUAUCAAUGCGGGCAUGAACCAAUUCAAGCCGAUUUUUGUCGGGCAGAUCGAUCCUUCUCACCCGUUCGCAAAGCUGAAGCGGGCCGCCAACUCGCAGAAGUGCAUCCGUGCGGGCGGGAAACACAACGACCUGGAAGACGUGGGCUUCGACGUGUAUCACCACACGUUUUUCGAAAUGCUCGGGAACUGGUCCUUUGGCGACUAUUUUAAGAAGGAAGCCAUCGACUGGGCAUGGGAGCUUUUGACCGAGGUAUCUCUAAUAUCUGCACUCUGUUUCAGAUUGGGGUUUUGCAUGUUGCUCUUUAGAAGUACAUCGAGCUACUUUAUUCCCGAGAGUACAAGACGAGAGGCACUCGUUCUCAUGCAAUAGACUGCACUUCUGAAAACGAACUAUCGCGGGGUUUCAUUUUGGACUGGAAAAUUAAAGUCGUACAAUUCGAUUGUGUACUUUUCUAUCCGAACAAUUACACUGCGCAGGUCUACGGGCUUCCGAAGGACCGGCUUUACGCGACAUACUACGGCGGUGACCCGAAGCAGCCUUCCGUGCCCGCGGAUCUGGAGGCCAAGGAACUUUGGGAGAGGUACCUGCCGCCGAGCAAGGUCCUGCCCAGUGGCAUGAAGGACAACUUCUGGGAGAUGGGUGACACUGGCCCGUGCGGACCCUGCUCCGAGUUGCACUAUGAUCGUACAAUUAUUUUCGAUGUUGUUUUUUGUGUGAUUUAAUCUUCCGUGCAGCUUCAACACAUUAUAGUACCAAUCUCGAGCAGCAGGCGGCUGCAAAAUCAUGUUGAUAAAAGUAUGAUGUCAACACACGGCAUCGCAUCCCAAGAACAACUUAUUUUCCUCGCAUGACCGUUCGAUCAGGCAUCGGCGGGCGCGACGCGGCGGCGCUGGUGAAUAUGGACGACCCGGACGUGCUGGAGAUCUGGAACCUGGUGUUUAUGCAGUACAACCGGGAGAAGGACCGGUCCCUCCGCCCGCUGCCGAAGAACAGCGUGGACACCGGGAUGGGGCUGGAGCGCGUGGUCUCCUGCCUGAACGACGUGCGGUCGAACUACGACACCGACAUUUUCCAGCCCAUCUUCGCGAAGAUCCGGGAGGUCUGCACCACGGAGAACUCCCCCUGCCCCCCCUACAGCGGCCGCGUGGGGAAGGAUGACACGGACGGGGUGGACAUGGCCUACCGCGUCAUCGCCGACCACAUCCGAACCAUCACGGUCUCGCUGUCUGAUGGCGCCAUUCCGAGCGCGAAGGGCCGAGGCAGCGUUUUGAGGCUCAUCCUCCGCCGCGCCUGCAGAUACGGGAGAAGGUAUUUAGAAUCUUACAGUUGGUCGUUAUUUCUGCUUCUGUUUUUUUUUCCUGCGGUGUGCUGCUGCCGGAAUACAUAGAUUUUAUUGCAGUGCAUGGUGUUUAUGACAGAAAAUCAACUGUUGAGCCGCCUGCUGCACGAGAUGACUCACGAGGUCCUCGUCUCGGAACAACAGGAGUAAAUAAAAUGUGAGACAAUCGUAAAUGCUGUUUAUGAUCAAAACGUCCCUGAACAAUACAGGUUUCUGAACGCGCCGGACGGAUUUUUCGUGAAGCUGGUGGACGUGGUGGUGGCUUCCCUCGGCGACGCGUUUCCGCAGCUGAAGGAGGGGAUCGAGGACGUGAAGGCGUGCAUCGCGGACGAGGAGAAGCAGUUUCUGAAGACGCUGGCCAAGGGCGAGCAGCAGUUCGAGCACUUCUGCGCAAAACUGGAGAAGGACGAGAAGGUCUUCCCCGCGGAGCAGACGUUCACGCUGGCCACCACGUACGGGUUCCCGAAGGAGCUCACCGAGGUGAUGGCCAAGGAGAAGGGGUUGAGCAUCGACCACGAGGGGUUCGCGCAGCACAUGGAAAACUUCGCGGAGAUUAUUGCAUGGAAAAAUCCCCCCUCCCCAUGUUGAAAACGUAUCUUCUAAAAAUUUGUGAUGCAGAUUUGUGGCCACAAAUCCUGUCUGUCUUGCUAAAAGGCAAAUCCAGGCUCUCCGCCACGCUAGACAGGCAAUUUGUAAUGCUGUUAACGGCUACAGGGCGACCGUCUACCAUGCUAGGCGCCUACACCAAAAGGCCCCUAUCUAGCCUUGCGCUCUGCGUGCAGUCCUCUACUGCAAGACAAAUGCGAUUUGUGUGCGCAAAUCCAGCAUCACAGAUCUCCUUCUCGAUAUGGGAAGGGGGGAUUUUUACUUUUGAUAGCGAUCUCGCGGAAGAAGGACACCAGUUCCGGGAAGGACCUGACGCUGUACGCGGAGCAGACGGACCACCUGGAAGCCAAGCUGUGCCUCCCGAAGACGGAGGACCAGCUGAAGUACGUGUGGGAGUCGGAGAAGCAGACCGGCGACACGGUCACCGCGAAGCUGCUCGCGAUCUACGACGGCAAGCAGUUUGUGGACAAGGUCACCGCGGACCUGGACGAGGUGGGCUUGAUUUUCGACCAAACGCCCGUGUUCGGCGAGUCGGGCGGGCAGAUCCACGACACGGCGACCAUCGUGAAGAACGGCGCGGAGUUUGCGAUGAACAGCGCGAAAGCGUACGCGGGCUACGUGGUCCAUCGGGGGAAGAUGGUGUUCGGGGAGCUCAUAUCCUGUGCAAAAGCGUUCUCGUAUAAAUGCAAGACUUGCAUCACAAAUCUUGCUCUUAAGGUAAAUCCGCAUUACAAUUUUUUUUUCUCAUGCUGAGUGUAUUUGUCAUGCGAUUUCUACUAGUACGAUACUUUUGCAAUGCAUAACUAAGCGUGGGGGACAGCGUGGAGGUCACGGUCAACUACGACCGGCGGUCUCUGAUCGCGAAGAACCACACCGCCACGCACGUGCUCAACUUCGCGCUGCGAAAAGUGCUGGGGCCCAAGGUCGACCAGCAGGGUAGCGUGGUCAAGGAAAACCAGCUCACCUUCGACUUCAACUGCAACGCCAAGAUGUCGGACGAGCAACUGGCGCAGGUGGAGGAAAUCUGCAACAGCAUCGUCAACCACGACUGGCGGGUUUUCAUCGAGGAGUGCCCCAAGGACCAGGCAAUCAAGAUCAACGGCCUAAGGGCGAUGUUCGGCGCCAAGUAAAAACAUUUUUUAGAAAAUUAUUUCUUUAGGGACGAGUUUAAAGUGAGUAGCUUGGUUGUUGUUCUUUUUUUCCUCGUUUUUCAUCCGCAAUUUGGGGCCCAAAAAUCGGAAGGAAAUUAUUCCUGCUCGUCUUGGGCUUGAUAUGAUAUAACCCAUUUAAGUUAUUCGAAUCAACCUCGAAAAAGAAGAUGAAGCUAAACCUCCAGAAAAAUGGAAGAAAACCAACUCCCCUCCUACUUGACGAUAUUGCUACUACAGGUACGGCGAAGAGGUUCGCGUGGUCUCUAUCGGGCAGGAGAUCGCCCCCAUGGUCAAGGCCCCGGAGGACGUCCCGUACGGCAUGAAUUACUCCGUGGAGUUUUGCGGCGGCACGCAUGUGACGAAGUCCAAGGAGAUGUUUCGCAUCAUGAUUCUCUCCGAGGAACCGGUCGCCAAGGGCAUCCGUCGGAUCACCUGCUGCUCGGGGCCGCAGGCCGCGAGCAUGACGGCGCUGCGCGCGAAGGAGCUGUCCCUCGAGCUGGACGAGGCGCGGACGUUGGGUGGCGUGCUGCUGGACACGAAGAUUUCCGAGCUCCGCCAGCGACUCAACGAGUCCUCCGACAUUGCGUUGCUGACCAAACGCAAGAUGCUGGUGGACGCCGAUAAGCUGAAAGUCAAGGCCCUGGAAGCCUCCAAGGGCGACGCGAAAAAGUUGUUGUCCGUCGCGAAGGAGACCGCGGAGGCGGUGGAAAUCGAGGGCAGUGCCACCGGGUACGUGCACGUCAGCGACAACAUCAACGGCGAUAUCAAGGCCGCGGGAGCCGCGUUGGAGGUAAAAAGUGCGGUUUUUUGAAAUGUUGUUUGCUGAUGCUGUAGUUGCCCACGUUUUCAAUGAAUAAUAAUACGGGACUUCUAGGGGAAAUUUGUUUUACGUAGUUGUACAACUCGCCGGAGAAGUCAGCUGUGAAGGUAAGAUCGUGCUGGGAAGCAGGUCCUCUGCUGUAGACUUCUGAUGAUUAAAUGAUUCACUCUCGUCGCAGGUGUUGGCCAAGAAGUACCCGCAACUCCCCCUCUGCAUCUUGGCACCGGGAUCUGAUAAGAUUUUGGCGGUGUGCCAGGUGCCCAAGGGACACGCACUCUCGGCGAAAGACUGGCUGAGUCAGAUUAUGAACGUGUGCAACGGAAAGGGUGGCGGUUCCGCGCAGAGGGCCCAGGGGACCACCCCGGAAGUCACCAAGCUGCCAGAAGUCGAGAAGAUCGCACAGUCCUUUUUGGGGGCAUAGAAAAAGCCUGCGUAGACCUUUUCACGACGAGACGAGCACUGAUCGGCAACCAAGUUGCGACUCGACGAUUCAUCAUCUUUAACACGGUCGAUGAGUUUAUAGUAACGUACCUGCCGAGUUCGAGACCAGUGGCGAGUUCUGAUUUAUCGCACACUCGUACUGGUCUCGAUUCCGAGGAACGGAUUUUGCAAAGCAACGCCCCUUGCUGUGAAACAAAGGCCAUCUGUGUCCAAAAUGUACAUGCGAAAAUCAAAGCAGUAAUUUUUCAGUCAGCCUUCUUGUGUUGACAACCCGAC